UUUUUGGUGAUGAGUCAGAGUGCGUGGUGCUGAUGCUGCUGCCAUUUCAUCACCUUUGCGAGUGCAGCAUCCAUCCAUCCGCUAACCCAGCGCCUGGGCCUACCUUGCUUCAGGCUACCAGGCCAGUGAUGUGCUCAAGGCCGAGCCAGAUAAGGGCUGAUCGGAGCUAAGGCCUUGGUGGGGCGCCCCCUUCCGCCUCCCCAGGCCCAGGCUGAAGAGUCCUGCCAGGCCACUGCCAUGGAGGCCAUUUGGCUGUACCAGUUCCGGCUCAUUGUCAUCGGCGAUUCUACGGUGGGCAAGUCCUGCCUGAUCCGCCGCUUCACGGAGGGCCGCUUUGCUCAGGUUUCAGACCCCACCGUGGGGGUAGAUUUUUUCUCCCGCUUGGUGGAGAUCGAACCAGGAAAACGCAUCAAGCUCCAGAUCUGGGAUACAGCGGGUCAAGAGAGGUUCAGAUCCAUCACUCGUGCCUACUACAGGAAUUCAGUAGGUGGUCUUCUCUUAUUUGACAUUACCAACCGCAGGUCCUUCCAGAAUGUCCAUGAGUGGUUAGAAGAGACCAAAGUACACGUUCAGCCCUACCAAAUUGUAUUUGUUCUGGUGGGUCACAAGUGUGACCUGGAUACACAGAGGCAAGUGACUCGCCACGAGGCCGAGAAACUGGCUGCUGCAUACGGCAUGAAGUACAUUGAGACGUCAGCCCGAGAUGCCAUUAAUGUGGAGAAAGCCUUCACAGACCUGACAAGAGACAUAUAUGAGCUGGUUAAAAGGGGGGAGAUUUCAAUCCAAGAGGGUUGGGAAGGGGUGAAGAGUGGAUUUGUACCAAAUGUGGUUCACUCUUCGGAAGAGGUUAUCAAAUCAGAGAGGAGAUGUUUGUGCUAGUCAAUCCUUCCAUUUUCAAAACAUACCCACCCACUUGAACUUAAAAGUUAUCGAAAUAAAUAGAAUCUUUAUGUGACUGAA